GGCGGCAGAACUUUGCCCGGAAAGUUUGCGUCGUGGCUGUGAAGGGGUUUUGGACUUUAUAAUGUACUACUUAUACAAAUUCAGACAACUUUAUAUUGCCGAUUCGCUGGACAGUAGCUACACUUGAAGAAACAAAUAAAACUAACAUCGUUAUCUAAACUUUACUGCGGAUAUACUGGCAGGGUGCAGAUGGCAGACCCUGUGUUUCUGACAGCAUCACCCCUCUAACAAGCGCCAUGGUUUCCCGAGAGGACCGAUCAGUGAGGCUGGCCGCCUUCAAUGGUGACAUCCUCUCCUUCCAGCUGACAUACGGCUCACCCAGGGAGAAUCAGACUCGAGGCGGCUCGGAGCUGACAUACAGAAGGAUGUCAUUUGAAAGAGAUUCAAGGCUAUUCUCAGUCAGAAGUGAAGGCGCAGCUCUCAUUACCAAAAGCAGCUCUUCAGAUGUUAAUUUGGUUUGUUGUGCCCCUGCUCUAGACGUGAAAAGUGGACAAAUGGUGCCUUGCAUUUUGCUCAGGAAACGUCACAGAAAAUCUACUGGAUUUAAAUAUGUGUUUUUUAUUUUGUGCAGCUCUGAUUCUUUAGAACCUCAUCUGGAGUUCAAGUUGCCUUAUAAAAUUACAGACAAUGUCACAUUUUUGCAGGGCCCUACAGUGUUGUGGAGCCAUGAAGGAACCAUUUUCUAUACCUCUUUGGAAGUUUGUGAGGUUAGAAAACUCCCCAUUGAACUGUCAUCCAUAAUUUUUAUUGGGGAGCUACCUGCUGACUGUAGGAAGAUAAUCAUAUUGGGUUCUCAGAAAUCCACAAAAGAAGCACUCAGUGGCCACUUGGAGGUCAUGUGGCCACACCAAAGCCUUGGAUACCUUCUAGAGGAUGAAAAACUAUUUGAUGGAGAGUGGAUAUUACCUCAUGCAUACAGCUCUGUAGCCAAGUGCAUCUUUUUCAUCUCAGCCAAAGCAGUCAACAGUGGUUUCAAGUCGACGGUGGUGGCGGCAACCAGUAAAAAGCAGCUGGUGUGGUUUGAAAGUGGAAUCCCCAAAGAUGUGUGCCAGCUCCCCUUUGAGGAACCCGAGAGCAUACAAAUGGCGGACACAGGCAGGGAUGGCUGUCUUUUUAUUGUCUCCUUCAAACAAGGACGGUUCUGCAGCGUUUGGAGAAACUCUUUUCAGGUGGCCCGCUGCUGGGAGGAUGUGAGUUCAGUCUUUGUGGAUGACUUUGUGGGCUGUGGAACCGACCAGCUGCUUUUGCUCUCCGAGGAACCCAGGCCACCGCAGUGCAAACUGACAAACUUCACCAUCACUGACCUAGGGGAUACUACCUACACAUCCAGACUGGAGGAGAGCGAGACCCUGAAUGCAGCUGAGACUGCUCAAGAGAACUUUUUGCUCACUGUCCAAGCAUUAGAAUCCAGACUACAGAGCGGCGUGACCUUGAUCCAUGACCUUCAGAGGGAGCUGGAGGUGAAAGAUAGGGUCCUGCAUCAGUCGGUCCAAGCCCUGGUCGAUGCUGUCUCGGGAAGAGAGCAUCAUUUGUCCAGGACAUACCAGGAGGGCAUGGUCUCCCUGUGGGACGAGGAGGAGGAGGAGGAGGAGGAGGAGGAGGAGGAGGAGAGGGAAGAACGCUCAUCCAAGGAAAUGUUUUUGACGCCCGUGACCCUGCCUGCUCUUGUGGAGAAGAUCUGGCAGCGAGUCUUUGAGGACCAGUUUGUGGUGGGCGUGGUGCUGACUCCAGAGGCUGCCUCGUCAGCAGAGAGUGUGAGUGCCUCACUCCUGAUAGAAGAUGACCAAGGACCAUUCCCUCAUGUUCUCCAAAGCUACAGCAGGACCUUUAAGUCCUGUCACUCCCCUCUUCUGGCACACAUCCCUUUGCAUCACCAAGAGCCAAUGGUCAAGCGGAGGAGGCAGGAGCGGGCAGAUGGAGCAGAGAGUGUUGAUGUUCAGAAAAUGACCGUGACCGUUGUCACUGAUCUGGGACCAGUGCUGGCCUCUGCAAGACACAGGUGCGCUGUCUUGCUCCAUGUUGUCCAUAAAGAAGAGGAUGCCUCUUGCUGGAAACCCGGAGGACCAGUGUUGACCCGGUGCGGUCACGUGACGCUGGACGUCAAGGUGCUGUCCCAGGGAAAAUACCUCCCUCAGAUGCUCAACAGCAGCACAUUCACCACAGAAGAGUCUUCUGAAGAUCUCCUCAGCCUUCUCACCAUGUUUGAGUCCUGGUCCUUCUAUCUGUGGUCUGCUGAGCACACCCUGUGUGAUGUGUCCCAGUGGCUGCAGGGACCCAUGCAGUGCGAGAAAGUGGCGAUCAGCCCCGACUACCUGCUCACCAAACCAACAGGGCCAUCUGGCCGCAUGCUGUUCCACUGGCAGGAGAAAUCACCAUUUCAUGGGGAGCUGCACGUUCACUGCAGGAGCCAGAAUGACCUGCUCCAGUUCUUGGACUCACUGUGUCGCUAUUUGCCUUCCUACUGUGAGGUGCAACCCUUCCGCACAAGUGGGAAAGAGGACCUAGUGAGGGUAGCGGCCUCCGCCCUGGGGGCUGAGGUGGCAGCACUCAGGGAGGGUGUGUCAGCACUGCUCAGCGAUGCCCAAGAGGAAGCAUGCCGAUCGGCCCCGGAGCCCGUAGAGUCAUUCGAUGAGCUGCAGAAGGCCAGGGCCAAGAUGGAGAUGGAAAAGGAGCGGAGCAGGAGACUGAGGAGCCCCCUGGUGGGGGUGGACCAGUAUCGCAGGCUUACCUCUGCAAUGGCUCAGGUCCAGCUGGAGGGGGACGUAGCUGUCCACUCACUUCUGGACACCCUGUCUCCUCUUUCCUUCCUGCCAUGACUUGGUUGGAUAGAUGCAUA